AAAUUCCUCAUCCUCCCCUCUCCCCACAACUCGUCGCCCAAGACCAUCACGUUCCUGAAUCAGCUGCCAAAGCUCCAAAACCCGUCACCAUGUCGACCACCGAGCGGACCUUCAUUGCCGUCAAGCCCGAUGGCGUCCAGCGUGGACUUGUCGGCAACAUCAUUGGCCGCUUCGAGGCCCGUGGCUUCAAGCUCGUCGCCCUGAAGCUCGUCACCCCGGGCAAGGAGCACCUCGAGAAGCACUACUCCGACCUGUCCGACAAGCCCUUCUUCAAGGGCCUCGUUGAGUACAUGAACAGCGGCCCCAUCGUUGCCAUGGUUUGGGAGGGCUAUGAUGCCGUCAAGACUGGCCGCGCUAUGCUCGGCGCCACGAACCCCCUUGCGUCCGCUCCGGGCACCAUCCGCGGUGACUUCGCGCUCGCCGUUGGUCGCAACGUUUGCCACGGCUCGGACAGCGUCGAGAGCGCCAAGAAGGAAAUUGCUCUGUGGUUCAAGGAGGAGGAGCUCAUCAACUGGGACAUCGCCACGAAGGCCUGGAUCUACGAGUAGAUCAGGCUCGUCGGUCAAAAAAACGGUGUGGGGAAGCAUGAUUGGGAGCUAGACUUCCUUUAUAGACCGUUCCUGCCCCUCUUGC